AUGGGGGUACACAAAACUACGCGCUCGCCGCUCGCACAACGGGCUUCUCAAGAACAAGGGCUUCCUCUUGAAGAGACAGAGGUCCCCGCGUUUAUUUACCGGCCGCUGGAGGACGCGGGGCUGGAAACCCGUUUCUUCAAGCUCUUUCUGGGAGACUUCGACGAGCCCGGCCGUAUAGGGCACGACAUCGAGUACGACGCCAUUCCGUGGUGUUGGGAAGAGGACCCUUCUCGGACCACGAUGUUUCUUAGGAUCGACGAGGGGCUUACGCGCUGCCUUGUGUCCAAGGGCCUUGAGGCUACCUUCCGACACCUGCGACGGCGUUGGCGGGACAGGGUCGUCUGGGCAGACGCGCUGUGCAUCAACCAGACUGACAUCAGCGAGCGUAACCUCCAGGCCAGCAAUAUGGCGCCCAUCUACAACAACGCGGCCAACAUUUGCGUAUGGUUAAGCCAGGACACGCCCGACAGCAAGCUGGCCAUGCGCUUCAUCCAGGACGAGCUGUGCGACAUUGAGCGCGCCCAGUGGUUCUCGCGACUGUGGAUCAUCCAAGAGAUCCUAUUUGCGAGGAAGGCGACGCUCCACUGCGGUCGGGACGAGCUGAGCUGGAGCCAGUUCGCAACGGCCAUCGAGUUGCUCCUCGAGACCGAGAAAACGUCGCAGAGAUUCUCGUCCGUCAUGAAGAUGCGGCCCGACUUUUGGGACGGCUCGAGCUUGUUUGCACACGUCAACCAGUCGGGCGCCGGACUCCUAGGCCAGGGCAUCCUGUUUCGCGACUACAAGACAAAGUCGGCCUCGCAGGGUCCGCUCUGGCGCAUCGAGCAUCUCGUGUCGUCUUUGACGGUGGUGUUUGAUACUACCGAGCCGCGCCACUGCAUCUACGCUCUGCUCGGAGUCGUCGCGGACGUGACGCCCUCGCCUGACGUCAAAGACGAGCCGAGGCUGCUUCGACCGUGGCGUCUCUCGGAGGUCGAGCUCAAGACGGCGCGGUAUCUAAUAGUCUACUCGAAGCCCUACCCCGAAAUCUGCAUGAACUUCGUCGAAUUCUGCAUCGAUCACUCUCCCCACCGACACUGGGCCCUCGAUAUCAUCUGUAGGCCGUGGGCCAUGGAGCCCGUCCCGAAAAAUUUCUCAACGGGCGAGCGUGACCACGCCUCCGAAUUUCUCCCAAGCUGGGUCAUAGAGGCUCCCGAGACGUCCUUCAGAAUCAUGACGCAUCCUCUGUCGAGGAAGAAGGUGACGCGGCAGAAUGCCGACUCCCUGGCGGCACCGCCCGACACGGCCAGAACCCAGUACGCUGCAUCUUCGAACGAGACGUUUCGCCGGUCCACCCUAACGUUCAGGAGGCGGCCAAACCUGAGGCACUACAGCAUGCUUGUCCGGGGUUUUGUUUUCGAUCAGAUUGAGAGAGUGGAAGCCUCGUCACAAGACGGCUGUAUCCGAAGGAGUGAACCGAGCUCGCCAACUGGACCAAACUUGAGACUCCACUGCCCCAGGAGUUCUGGCGCACGCUCGUCGUCAACCGGGGACGCGACGGGGCGGCCGCCGCCCAUCUACUUACGAGGAGGCGUGCUGGCGGUCUGCCAUCAGGGCGGGAUUCAAAGCCGGGCAUUCUGCAAGCGAGUGCAGGCCUCGAGCUUGAACCGCCGGCUCUUCAAAACGAGCGGAGGGCGGUCGGGACUCGCGAGCAAGAGCGUUGCCAGCGGCGAUCUCCUGUGUAUCCUACCCGGAUGUAGCGUCCCCGUCGUUUUCCGCCGCUUCUCCAAAGCGCCCGGCGAUAGCAAGGCCGAGAAAAACGAGGACAAGCUCCAGCAUAGUUUGGGCGUCUUCAAGCGGACACUGCUGGACCGGAUACGGGCGAAGGAGAUGAGAGAGCAAUGGGCAAGGCAAAACCGAGGAGUACAACCGCUAUAUUCAAAGCCUCAAGAUCCCAGGAUGGGACAAGACGGAGGGAAGUUGGGUCAUGAAGAAGGCCGCCAGUGA